AUGCUUCAGGCCAGAUUCUGCGCUCUAUUGACCUUCUUCAUAGUGGCAGUAUUUUCCACACAAGAUUUCGACGAGUUCGACAUUGUUAGAGACCUGCCAUUAAAUGAGCUUCCAGAAGGCUCUUACGAGAGACUAUCAUACGAUUCUUUAUUAUGGGGGCCGUACAACUCAGGCCGUUACUUGGGAAUUAGACCUAGACUCCCGGAGUCGCUUCUUUCGGGACUUAUGUGGUUCAAUGCCGAUGAACAAUUGGGUGUCAGCCGUCUCCGUGACUUCUAUGAACAGGGCGACAACAUGGCUAGAGCAAACUGGGUGCAAUUUGAUCCACGUUUGGGAGGAAGACAAGUGAUCAGCGACAACGAUUGCCAUAUUGACCUCACGAUUGAUUUCGUCAAGAGUGACAAUGGUCGCAAUUGGGCGGGCCACGAGAACGUGAAAACCUCUUUUGUUUGGUGGUCUGGUCUUCAAGGCGAGAGAAAGAGCGAUGGAAACAAGCCUGAGAACGAGGGCGUAUUGAAGUUUGAUACUCCCCACAACGAAAAUGGAUACAAGGGAACUAUUGAUCUCUCUGGAUUCUCUGACGACCUAGGCUUGUUUGAGAUCAAGAUUAAUGAUGGGGGCCCCGGAACUUCCAACAAACACCCUGGUCUGCCCAAGGGUACAUUGAGGGAACUCAAUCCAAAGAGAACACACCACAUGAGUUUGCGUGUACCAAAUCAAAACGUUUGGCAAUCAAGAGGUAUCUUCAUGACCCUUUUGAAGGACUCUGUCCAAGAUAUCAUUAGCACUUACGAGCAGGACGCAGACAGAUUUCCACCUCAUGUCGUCUACAUUCUUCGCAACAUGAAUAACUAUGAGGGUAACUUGCAUUUUGUUCAAAAGGUGUACGAGGGUGCCUCCGAAUUUGAUGUUAUCUACACAGACGUUACAUCCCCUCCAACCGAGAAGAUCACCUUCGACAAUAUCAACAAUAAGAUCGACGAAGUUCUUUCGAAGGUCAACACAAACUUCAAGAAAAACUUCGACAUCCAGAAGUUCCUGAAGAAACAGCAAGAAUUUGGCCAAGAGAUGCUCUCUGGUCUUUUGGGUGGCCUUUCGUACUUCCAUGGCGAUCAUCUUGUUGAUAGAAAAUCCAUCGUUGACAACGACGAAUUUGCAGUUGAUGAGAAUGAUGGUACAGAGUUGCCAAAACUUGAGGGGGAAUUGGAGGGCCCAUUUGAGCUCUUUACGCUUGUUCCAUCUCGUCCAUUCUUUCCAAGGGGUUUCUACUGGGAUGAAGGGUUCCACCUCCUUCCUCUUUUGAAAUACGAUUCCGACUUAGCAUUGGAGAUCAUUAAAUCCUGGUUCAAUCUUAUUGACGAAGAUGGCUGGAUCGCUAGAGAACAGAUCUUGGGAGCAGAGUCCAGAUCCAGGGUUCCCGAGGCCUUCCAAGUUCAGAGUCCUGCCAUCGUUAACCCACCAACAUUGAUGCUUGCUUUCACAUACCUCUUGGAGAAUUCUCAGAAAACGAAACUCGAUGAAGCCGUCAAUUUAGACGCUGAAGAUUUGAAGGAUAACAUCGGCAAUAUCGUCUUGAAUAACCAUGAGCUCCUCGCCAACUACACUCGCCAAAUCUACCCUAAACUCAAGUCGCAUUUCGAGAUGUUCAGAAGAACACAACGUGGAUCUAUUGAGGAGUUCAACCGUGGUCCCAACCCAGAGGCUUAUAGAUGGAGAGGUAGAACCGUGACACACAGCCUCGCCUCUGGUAUAGAUGACUAUCCUAGACCCCUUCCUUUGGACGUUGCAGAGCUCAAUGUCGAUCUUUUGUGCUGGAUGGGUGUCAUGACUAGAUCUAUCAAGAUGAUUGCCGAGGUACUCGAGUUGCAUGAGGACCAGGAGCAAUUCGGCCAGAUUGAAUCUGACAUCAUCGCAAACGUGGAAGCACUUCACUGGUCUGAGGAGGAUAAGGCCUACUGUGACGUCUCGGUCGAUGACGAUGAUGAAAACGUAUACGUCUGUCACAAGGGCUAUAUUUCGCUCUUCCCAUUCAUGACGAGGAUGAUUCCAGUUGAGCAUGUCGACAAGAUUGAGCAUGUUGUUGAUCAAAUCACAAACCCUGAGGAGCUUUGGUCCGACUUUGGUAUCAGAUCGCUUUCGAAGUCUGACGAGUACUACAGAACCGGAGAAAACUACUGGAAAUCACCUGUCUGGAUCAACAUCAACUACUUGGUUCUUGAAAGCUUACAACACUACCAUGAAGUCACCAAGCCUCACGCAAGUGCACAGCUUAAGAAGAAGAUUGAGCUGGCUUACUCUGAACUUCGUGAAAAUCUCAUAAAGAAUGUAUUCAAGCAAUGGGAGAACACCGGUUUCGUGUGGGAGUCAUACGACGACGAGACCGGUGAAAAUAAAGGAGCAAAGAACUUCUUGGGCUGGACCUCAACCAUCUUGAUUAUUAUGGAGAUGCCCGAAAAAUUAACAUAG